AUGGGCCUCGCAUCACUCUGUACAUUCAUUAGCGCUCUUGCUUCCUGUGUAUUUGCCGCAUAUCCUUCUCAACCAGAAGGCAUUACUACGACACAGAUCGAAGGCAAGCCUGGAGUGUCGAUUUCAUUCAAGAAGACGACCAUAUGUGAAACUCGAUCCAAGGCCUACGCGGGCUAUGUACAUCUUCCAAGCACGCUACUCAACGACGACGAAGGCGAGGCCACGGCGUACAACGCAUCGAUAUUCUUCUGGUACUUCGAAGCACGCAACGAUCCGAGCCAUGCGCAGACUGCGAUAUAUCUUGCCGGUGGGCCAGGUAUCUCUUCAAUGACGGCCGCGACACAAUCUGGAGGCCCAUGUAUUGUACUACCGGACGCGAACAGUACAGAGAGCAACCCAUGGGCGUGGAACGAGUUCGUCAAUAUGCUUUACAUUGACCAGCCAGUCGGCACAGGCUUUUCAUACGACUCUUUGAUCAAUGGCACGAGGAACUUGCUCUUCACUGGAGCUGAAGAUGGCGAUACUUUUGAUAUCACACCUACAGAGACUGGCAAUGGGACACAAGGCAUCGAAGAUCCCACAAAUCUUCUCGGAACCUUUUCAAGCCAAUCCACUCUACGAACCGUGAACACUACAGCAAAUGCUGCGCGAACGCUUUGGGAAUUUGGUCAGGCGUGGUUCUCCUCAUUCCCUGGCUACAAGACUGCAGACAAACGGAUCUCCAUCUUGGGCAAUUCCUACGCCGGCUACUAUGUUCCUUACAGUGCAGCCUAUUUUCAAGAGCAGAAUGUCAAGAUACAAGCAGGUGAACUGCAAGCUCAAGUCUUGCCAAUCAACACCAUAGGCUGGACAAAUGGGUGUACCGACAUGCUUUAUCAGGCUGAGUGGUAUCCUGACAUGGCAUACAACAACACAUACGACCUACAGGUACUUCCGGAUGAAGCUUAUGCGGCAGCAAAGGACGCCUGGAACACUGAAGGCGGCUGCCGAGACCAAAUUCUCGCGUGUCGCGAAGCUGGGAACACCUUCGACUCUGCAAUGUAUGGCAACAACGAUGCUGUCAAUCAAAUUUGUAAAGCAGCGAGCUACUACUGCGCCGUGAACAUCAUCCUCGGUCCAUUCGCCGCGUAUACCAACCGCUCAGCAUUCGAUCUCUCCCAUUUCGAUCCCGAUCCUUCGCCUCCGUAUUACUCCGCCGGCUUCUUCAAUCAAGGCUGGGUGCAAAAGGAUCUAGGAGUACCACUGAAUUUCACUCGAAGAUCGUUCGCCGUUUCGAGCGCAUUCCUUCCUACUGCCGAUGCUUUCCGGGUCGAAGGGCUCAAGAAUAUUGAAUAUCUCCUCUCUCAAGGCGUCAAAGUAUCCAUGGUCUAUGGUGAUCGUGAUUACCGCUGCCCGUGGGAUGGUGGUGAGAAGUUGUCUCUUGCUGCGAACUGGUCUAGCUCCACUGCGUUUCGAUCGGCAGGCUAUGCCGACAUCAAGAUCGGUGACUGCGGCCAAGCUGGCGGCGUGGUCCGACAACAUGGAGGCCUCUCUUUCAGUCGGGUCUUCCAAGCGGGCCACGAUGUCGCAUUUUCGCAGCCAAGGACUGCAUUCGAGAUUUUCAAGAGAAGUAUACUUGGAUUCGAUGUAGCGAGGGGAAAGCGGCAAACGGACGAUCAAUACUCUACCACAGGUCCGAGAGACUCCUGGCAUAUCAGAGAGACUUUACCAGAACCGCCGGCGUUUGAGUGCAAUAUUUACGCCGUGCCGGAGAGCUGCACGGCUGAGCAGUAUCUUGCUCUUCAGGACGGAAGUGCUGUGGUCGAGUAUGGUAUCGUCAUCCGACCCAAGGCUGUGAUGGCUGAGAGUCGUAAUGAUUUAUCCUGA